AUUUUUUGCCUUCAUUGCAGUGCAGAGCAAGGACUCCCUAUUUUGGUAGAAGCCAUUGAAUCUGUGUGAGAUUGGAAGAUAUCUGUUAAGGAGGUGAAGUAGGGGAAUCGAAAUUGGGGAUCUUGUAUCCAAACACGACGAACAGGCACAAUUUCGACCUCUCUGCGAUUACAGGGGCUGGCAUAAUCCUGGAAUCGAUAAGCUCAAAUCCAAAAUCUAAUUCCUCUGCAUCACAUUCUCUCGCCCCGUGAACAGUUGCUGCCGCCAUAGUCGCCAGUCAAAGAAGAUUGCAUGCCUCGAUACAACGACGAGCCCGUUGCAGUUCGCGUUUAUACAGUCUGCGAUGAAUCCAGAUAUCUGAUUGUAAGGAACGUUCCUGCUUUGGGAUGCGGGGAUGAUUUGUUGAAAUUGUUCGCAUCCUACGGUGACAUUGAAGAAUGCAAACCUAUGGAUGCAGAGGACUGUGAGGCAUUUACAGAUGUGUACUGGAUCAAAUUCCGUCUUGUAAGCAACGCCAGAUUUGCCAAAAGGAAGUUGGAUGAGUUUGUUUUCUUGGGGAACCGAUUGCGAGUAUCUUAUGCUCCUCAGUUUGAGAGCCUUUCUGACACAAAAGAAAAGUUAGAAACCAGGAGAAAUGAAGUUUUAGCACGAUUGAACCCUGGAAGGUCUAGAGAGUCGAGAGUUCAUAAUCAUGGUGCUUUGGAGAAGACCAGUUCAUUAGCUGCUGCAACUCCCAUGCACAGCAAUUUGAUUCCCCAACAAAUAAACAUCAAACGAAGGGACUAUGGUGAUGCAGUACAUGUUCCUCACAAUCCUCCGGUUACAAGGGUUUCCUCAAAUCAGGAUUAUUUUCCGUCCCAGUCGAUGAACCAGACAGUUCAAUUAGUUAGGGAGAAGCUUCAAAAGAUACAAUCAAGUAGUGAGGAUCAACAAACUGGGCCUGCAUCCAAGAAAAGCCGAGUGGACAACAGAAGAAGGAUCUGAUAGAUACUUUAGGGAGAAGGAAUCAACUGGAUUCAAAUUUUCUUCAAGAUUAGCAUCUCUUACAAGAUGUUUCUUAUUUAUUAUCGUAAGAAACAUUUAUUGAAAAAAAAUAAGAGAGAACAAUAUGGCAAUUUGCAGUCUGGAUAUUUCUAUGUUUUGCUCUGUUUACCACAACUACGUGGAAUAAAUCUCUAUUGGCUUUGUCCUUUU